UCUUAUAUAUAUAUUCCUUCUUCAAAUUCUCAUUUUUCUUCAAUUCUCAAAAAAAAAAAAAUUAAAAAAUGAGAAAUUUAUUCCCCAUAUUGAUGUUAAUCACUAAUUUAUCACUCAACAACGAUAACAACAACAACAGCAACAAUAAUCUCAUACACGCAACGUGUAGGGAGACUCCAUACUACUCCCUAUGUCUCUCAAUCCUAGAAUCCGAUCCACGUAGCUACGAGGCUGAGGGUAGUGAUGAUAUAACUACCCUAGGCCUCAUCAUGGUGGAUGCAGUGAAAUCAAAGUCUAUAGAAAUAAUGAAAAAGCUAAAAGAGCUAGAAAAAUCGAACCCUAAGUGGCGGGUCCCACUUAACCAGUGUUACGUGGCAUAUAACGCCGUCCUACGAGCCGAUGUAACGGUAGCCGUUGAAGCCUUGAAGAGGGGUGUCCCUAAAUUUGCUGAAGAUGGUAUGGAUGAUGUUGUUGUAGAAGCACAAACUUGUGAGUUUAGUUUUAAUUAUUAUAAUAAAUCGGAUUUUCCAAUUUCUAAUAUGACUAGGGACAUAAUUGAACUCUCAAAAAUUGCUAAAUCCAUAAUUAGAAUGUUAUUAUGAAGAGUAAAUUUUAUAGUUCAGUGUACGAAGUUCUCGUUACGUGAACCAGAUAUAAAGAAGGAUCAGAUUACGAAGGUUACAAGCUUAAUAAUACUUCAAUACUAGUUUUCUAUUUUUAUUUUUUUUUUAUAUUCUAGUAUUUUGUUUAUUGUGUGUGUUUGUAUAUAAAGGAUUGAGAAUUAAUCCAACUUUAUAUAAAUUCUUAGUGUUUUAAUUUUUAUUUAAUGUAACGAUAAUAUGCACUUAAAUGAAAUAGCAAUUAUUUGAUGCGUCUA